GCAGAUGGUGAUAUUGCUAUUUUUCGUUUUUUUCGCCUGCUUCUUAUCAUUUGAAUUUUGCACACCUGAAACCACAAGUACUGCACAAUGCACAUGCUGUGCAAACAUCUGUAAUUCUAAUUCUAAUAAGUAACUACAGUUUAUCCUCUGUGAAAGUAGCUGACGUUAUCAGGACUUCAGUAAUAAAAUAUUGUUGCUAACACCUGAUCCAGCACACUACUGAUUGUGUUAAUAACACUUUAUAACUGUAUCAAGUUCUUUCCAGCCAUGUCUGAUAAUGAAAUUGUAUUGAAUUAUCAUAAUUCUCUUUUGAGAAAAUCAGAUGUGGAUCUUCUGAGAAAUCCGCACUGGUUAAAUGAUAGGUUAAUUGGUUUUUGGUUUGAAUAUCUCGAAAAUUCCAUUCUGGAUGAAUCAGUAUGCCUAGUCUGCCCAGAAGUUUCACAGUUUAUCAAACUUGGAGAAUUAUCAGAAACAUCUGCAUUUGUUGAUCCACUUAAUUUGCACUCAAGAUCUCUAGUUCUAUUGCCUGUAAAUGAUUCUGUGUUAUUGGAUCACCCAGGAGGGUCACAUUGGAGUUUACUUGUUUAUGACUGUUUUGCCAAGAAGUAUUACCAUUUUGAUUCUUUAAUUGGAUCCAACUUGAACCAUGCCAAGAAAAUUGCAUAUAACUUGAAUCUGUCCAAUAAGAUUGUUGAAGUUAGAUGUACCCAACAGCAGAACUCUUUUGAUUGUGGAGUGUUUGUUUGUUGCAAUGCCGAAAAUAUCAUGAAGCAUUGUUCAGUGAACAAAGGUGAAUUAAAAUCUGUUUCCCCACUGAGUAUUGAUGUUUUUAAAAAUCAAAGGAACCAUAUGCUUCAGGUUAUAUCAACUCUGUUAUGUAACUGUUAAUUGAUCAAUAAAAUUCUGUGAAAUUAAAUUAAAA